AUGUUGUUUCGUACGAUUCGGCACUUUGACCUCCGCAGACCGACUCUUAUGGAAUUGGUGAGGGAGCUUCGUUUCCGCACGGAGGCACCAAUCGCCGACUGCUGCGCAGCGCUAAAGGAGGCAAAUGAGAACAUGGAUAGGGCACUGGAAGUGCUUCGUAACAAGGGGCUCGCGAAGGCUGUAAAAAAGGGAUCGCGUGUAACUGAGCAUGGCAGUGUCGUAGCAUGCGUGGGGGAAACAUUUGGUGCCGCCAUUGUGACUGUGUGUAGCGAGACGGACUUCGCGGCUCGCAGUCUCCAAUUUCAGCGCGUGUGUGGGACCGUAAUGGAAACGCUUCGCACACAGAUCAUUUCCACGGAAGGAACGGCCCUUGAUGACUGUGCUGCGGUUCAUCGCCUUCUCACUGACGCUGCGGCGGAGCAGAUUCAGGCAACCAUUGCGGUGUUGGGUGAAAAUGUCACCAUCAAGUCGAUCCAACCCUUGCGAUUUGCUCCUCAUGUUGCUGAGCACAUUUCCAUUGGUGCCUACACUCACGGGACGCUUUCUGUACAGAAUGUCGGCCGUGUUGCUGGUGUUGUCGCAGUGAGUCGUACUGACCCUUCAGCUCGAGUACCCGAGGAGAAACUAGUUGAUGUGGCACGGCAUUUUGUGGCAUGCAGCGGAGCGGAGGGAAGCUACGCCCACCAAAACUUUUUUGGAACAGAGGAAACCGUUGGGCAGUGGUUGAAGCGACACGGCCUUCGCUUCAGCAGCAGUUUAGUGGUGGAUUUUGGCAAAGAGCCCAUUAUUCAUACGGCCCCUCAGCCGGUGGCAGGAACAAAGUAA